AUGCGCGCCUGCCAGCGGCUCACGCCGCUCUGUGCGCUGCUCUGUGCGCUGCCCUGGCUACUGUGGGCUGUGGCGGCGGGUCGCCCAGCAAAGCCCCCCACGCAGUCCGCAGCGCUGCGCGGCGCCCCAAGCGACCCAGCCAGGGGCGCAGAUUUCGAUCACAUCUACAGCGGGGUGGUGAACCUCAGCACCGAGAACAUCUACUCCUUCAACUACACCAGCCAGCCUGGCCAGGUGACUGCCGUGAGGGUGUAUGUGAACAGUUCCUCUGAGAAUCUCAACUAUCCAGUCCUUGUUGUGGUUCGUCAGCAAAAAGAGGUCCUAUCUUGGCAGGUUCCGCUGCUCUUCCAAGGACUAUAUCAGAGGAGCUACAACUACCAGGAAGUCAGUCGCACCUUAUGUCCCUCAAAAGCAACCAAUGAAACAGGACCUUUGAAACAACUGAUAUUUGUAGAUGUGGCAUCCAUGACACCACUUGGUGCCCACUACAAACUGCUAGUCACCAAGAUCAAGAACUUCCAGCUCCGGACAAACGUUGCCUUUCACUUCACUGCCAGCCCUUCCCAACCUCAGUAUUUUCUAUACAAAUUUCCCAAAGAUGUGGACUCAGUUAUCAUUAAAGUGGUAUCGGAAAUGGCUUAUCCAUGUUCUGUUGUCUCAGUCCAGAACAUCAUGUGCCCAGUGUAUGAUCUUGACCACAAUGUGGAAUUUAAUGGUGUCUAUCAGUCCAUGACCAAGAAAGCUGCCAUCACACUACAGAAGAAGGAUUUUCCAGAUGAGCAGUUCUUCGUGGUGUUUGUGAUAAAACCUGAAGAUUACGCGUGUGGAGGAUCAUUCUUCAUCCAGGAAAAUGAGAACCAGACUUGGAAUCUACAACGAACAAAGAAACUUAAAGUGACCAUCGUUCCUUCCAUUAAAGAAUCUGUUUACGUGAAAGCCAGUCUUUUCAGUGUCUUCAUCUUCUUUUCCUUCUACGUGGGAUGCCUGCUCAUGGUGUUUGUUCAUUACGUGAGGUUUCAGAGAAAAUCCAUUGAUGGAAGUUUUGGUUCCAAUGAUGGCUCUGGAAACAUGGCGGUGUCACAUCCCAUUGCUGCCAGCACACCUGAAGGGAGCAAUUAUGGGACAAUAGAUGAGUCGAGCUCCAGCCCUGGAAGGCAGAUGUCCCCCUCUGAUGGUGGGCAGCCAUGCCAUUCAGACACAGACAGCUCCGUGGAGGAGAGUGACUUUGACACCAUGCCAGAUAUCGAGAGUGACAAAAACGUCAUCCGGACAAAGAUGUUCCUUUAUCUGUCAGAUCUGUCCAGGAAGGACCGGAGAAUUGUCAGCAAAAAAUAUAAGAUUUAUUUUUGGAACAUCAUCACCAUCGCUGUGUUUUAUGCACUACCUGUGAUCCAGUUGGUCAUCACCUACCAGACAGUGGUAAAUGUCACUGGCAACCAGGACAUCUGCUACUACAACUUCCUCUGUGCUCACCCCUUGGGCGUCCUGAGUGCCUUCAACAAUAUUCUGAGUAACCUGGGCCAUGUGCUUCUGGGCUUCCUCUUCCUGCUGAUAGUCUUGCGCCGGGACAUUCUCCAUCGAAGAGCCCUGGAAGCCAAGGACAUCUUUGCUAUGGAGUACGGGAUUCCCAAACACUUUGGUCUCUUCUACGCUAUGGGCAUUGCACUGAUGAUGGAAGGAGUGCUCAGUGCUUGUUACCAUGUCUGUCCUAAUUACUCCAAUUUCCAGUUUGACACGUCCUUCAUGUACAUGAUCGCUGGCCUCUGCAUGCUGAAGCUCUAUCAGACCCGCCACCCGGACAUCAAUGCCAGCGCCUACUCUGCCUAUGCCUCCUUUGCCGUGGUCAUCAUGAUCACCGUCCUUGGAGUGGUGUUUGGAAAAAAUGAUGUGUGGUUCUGGGUCAUCUUGUCUGCAAUCCAUAUUCUGGCUUCUCUAGCCCUCAGUACCCAGAUCUACUACAUGGGUCGUUUCAAGAUAGAUGUGUCUGACACAGCAGAUUUGGGAAUUUUCCGGCGGGCAGCCAUGGUGAUAUACACAGACUGUAUCCAGCAGUGUAGCCGGCCACUAUACAUGGAUAGAAUGGUGUUGCUCAUUGUGGGCAAUCUGGUUAACUGGUCCUUUGCCCUCUUUGGAUUGAUCUACCGACCCAGAGACUUUGCAUCCUACAUGCUGGGCAUCUUCAUCUGCAACCUGCUGCUGUACCUGGCCUUCUACAUCAUCAUGAAGCUUCGCAGCUCUGAGAAGGUCCUCCCAGUGCCACUCUUCUGCAUUUUGGCCACCGCUGUGGUAUGGGCUGCUGCCCUGUAUUUUUUCUUCCAGAAUCUCAGCAGCUGGGAGGGAACCCCGGCAGAAUCUCGAGAGAAGAAUCGUGAGUGUAUCCUGCUGAAUUUCUUUGAUGACCAUGACAUUUGGCACUUCCUCUCUGCUACUGCCCUGUUUUUCUCAUUCUUGGUUUUGUUAACACUGGAUGAUGACCUGGAUGUGGUUCGGAGAGACCAGAUCCCUGUAUUCUGAGCCUCCAGUAUAAAGAGGGGGACAACAAAUGAUCCAUCUUGGUGCUGAUUCUUGAAGAACACAAUGACUACAGCAACGAACCCACUGCCAAACACUCCACUCGUCUCUGUGGAGUGAACUCUCAUUCACACAGGAAGGAGAGGAGCUGGGGGAGAGCUACACCCUGUAAGAAGGGAGGCAGAAAAAAAGCCACAACUGCAGACAGAGGCAAACCCUGAGAAGCUCAGAAGCACCCAACCUGUGUCUGCAUUGUCAACUCAGAGAGUUAGACGUGGACAAAAGCUGCAUGACAGUCAACUCACUGUCUGGGACCCUCCCACUCUCACCUGACAUUUAUCAGGACAUGGCUGCAUAUUUCCCUGGGCCACAGGAAUGCCCAGAAAGACCAGCAGCUUGGACUUCCUGCCCAGAAACCUUGGUGUGGCCUUCGCACCUCUGUGAUUCCCACUGCUUUAUAGGUCCAAAGCACCAUCUCAUUUCUGCAAGGUCCUGUGAAAUUGUGAUUUCUCACUGUACUGUGGAGAGGGUGCAGAGGUGGACCAAGCCCCCACCCAGCUGGUAGCCCAGCUAGUCAUCUCCUCAGAAGGAACACUGAAUGUUCCCCCAGGCUCCUGACACCAUGAGGACUCAGGAUUAGACACUGUCACACACUCUUCUGAACAGGAAACUAUCACUGGGACCAAUGCCUGGGUGCUUAUCUAUUCUCAGUGUCUUAAUCUCACCGCUGUGUUGAUACUUUACUCUGGCUCCACCUUCUUGGAAAGACCUUAAACCCACUUAUCUUAAAAUGGAAAGAGAAAUGGGAAAUUUUCUUCUGGCAGUAGGAGGAGCAGGAAAAAUCACUCACAGAACUAAGAGACUGGAAACAUCAAGCAGACAGGCUUUGCCUUGUGAACUGGGGCUACUGGAGAAAAUCCAGUGAAGCAACAGUAUUUGCUCAGCCUCCAGUUCACACAGAUCAGUGAUGUGCCCACAUGACCUUUGGCAGAGAAAUAACUGUUCUAACCAGGGGCAUCACUCUAUGGGCCUCCACAACUGAGCCCCUCAGCUUGCAUGAUCAGAAUUCCAGAUUUUCUCCCUGAAGUUCUCAGAAGUUACUCAGGAUGAACACAUUUUCCUCUGCCUCUCUGGUUGCAAAGAGUACAGCUAAUGGAACAUUGUGUCUUUUUGCACCUGACCCUCCCCAGCAUGGUGUUGAAAAGCUUAGCAUUCUGGUUCCCUUCUCACAUUGUCUGGCAGCUGUGCCUCUGAGAAGUCCCAUUUUGACAGAACAUCUGGUUGCCAGGAGUAUGAUGUAAUCAGAAAAUAGACAUACAAAUGUAUGCACACAUACGUGUUUGCUUGUGAAAUUGAAAUCACUUCUCAUCUCUACUUUCCUAGUCAUUCAUUAGAGAAGUAGAUUGGACAUUCUCCUUUAAAAUUUUUUUCCUCUCAAAUAUUUGCAUACUGUUCAAAAAAGAUACUUUGCAAGUUUGAACAGUAUGCUUUUCCUAAAUUUUAAAAACACAAAUGUGCUUUCUGUGAAAUAUUUUAUGUGCUUUUUCUAAAAAUCUCCUAAAUUUGUAAUUGAUCUUCUGUUAUUCUUUAUUCCUUAAAAAUUAUUGGUUUCCGUAGGUCACACGGAGGCCACCAAUUAAAUGGUUGGGUCAAUCUAACAUGUAAAAAAAAUUUUGAACCUAUUUCACUCUGACUGACUUGGUGUAAUUCUUUUAAGGCACUCAAAGGAGACACUAAAGAUAUGAACAACAAAGUCCACCCAAGUAAAUAAAUGUCUCCAGAAGCUUGUUUGGGAAAAACAUCAGUGAAAAUGGGGAGGGCCCCUGCAGAAAGGGGUGGACUGUUCCUUGCUGUGUUCUGUUAAUGUCUGUCUUGUGCAAUCAAGUCACACACUGUAGUCAGUUUUGUUCUCUGCAGCAGGACUAAAAACCCAGACUAAGUCUGCUUUUAUAAAUAUAAAUUCUAAGUGUA